AGACGUGCUGAGGGGACGGGCGAUCGCAAUAUGUUUGUGUGAACUGUUUAUCUAGGAGGCUGUGGUACCCCCCUAUCAAGCAUAUGAUAUAUAUUGUCUUCCUGUAAUCCUCUGUGAUAGCCUACGUACUAUUCCGUAUACAUCUCUCAAAAUAUUCUAUUCCACUUGCUGUCUUCCUGUGUUGCAUAACUAGAAACCAGCUCAAUUUUUAUUUUCUGGACCAGGUAGUCCUCCAUAGCUCAACAUCGAAUCCAGUUUCCUGUCGCUUCCGCAUAAUCAAACAUCAUGAAGAACUUUGGCGCGAUCCUUUUCCUCUUGGCCUCAGCCGGCUCUUUCGUGACGGGUACGCCAGCAUUCAGAAGUGAGAGGCGAGCUAUUUCGGCUGAACCUGCCAGCAUUGCGGCUCGGGCACUGGAACUCGCACCCAGAGUUGUAGUCGGAAGUAGGUCAAACGACACGGAGAAUGCUGCUAGGUCAUUAGUGAUCCCAAGGGGUGUGAAUUCAACGGAAAAUGUGACCGGCUCUUUAGUUUCCCGCGGGAAUGGAAACUUCUCCGAAGCCGCAAACGAGAAACGGUCUCCUGGUAACCUGCGACGAGGAAACCUCAGGAUGAGGUCUUCAUUGAACGAGACUGAUGUCUAGAGGGUUAGUCCGAGCGAAGAAGUCCGAUAAUGGGUGAAGAAUUCCGUCGAAGGUUGAGAAUGCAGAGAGGAUAUUACCGAGUACGUUACUCGACUUGAACUGGGUUUCAGGAUAGAUAGGUUCUACCACAGGUUGGAAUAUAAUAUAUAUAGAUUUACACGCUGAGAUCGGUGCUACUGCUGUGUCUUAGAACAUAGGUGCACAGAUGCGACCAAUGUCUAAAGUACUGCCGGAUUAUGUGUCGUAGGCAUGAUCUAUCAAGUACGAACCGUGACAGAUAGUCCCACGACGUAGGUAGGCUCAUAAAGUGCUGCUCGCUCAUCUAAAUAUCAGCUGAAAUGACAAUUGUGUGGAUCGUAAGUUCAUAGUAGCAUGAACAGCUAGUAUCGGCAAAAUCCCUAUCUUGCUGAUGAAGGGCAAUGUAGUUCUUGAGCCCAUUGAUAAUGUCAUAAUUAGCCUUGCUUCAAAUAUAUUAAGAGGCAUUAUGAUAGUAGGGGUAUAAUAG